GAAGUCCCUCCAGCAUUGAGGAGAGGGACAGCGCCAUGGCUACAGUCAGGAUGCUGCUGGUCCUGUUGGCAGUGGCUCUGCUGGCCCUGAGCUCGGCUCAGAUCCUAGAGGACGGGUGGCAAAUACCUUCAAUGAUGACCUCAGUCCUAAGCCAGCAUCUUCGUGGUGUUCAUCCUGAAGACGCUCUUCAAGUGCUAGGAUCCCCUCAGGAGGAAGAGUCCCAACUAUCAUAUGACGGCUCAGAUGGAGAAGCACCAGGGGAAUCACAGGUCAUUCCUCAAAAGGAACCCAAAGGUCAGCGUGGCAAGAAGGGCAAAGGUGGGAAGAAAGGCCGUGGCGGCCGUCCCGCCCAGGAAGACCAGGAGAGUUCCCCUGGAAAGCAGCAAAGAGGCCAAGGUCGCCAGGGCAGUCGAGGUGGCAAAGGUGGUAAAGGUGGCCAGAGAGGCCAGCGUGGAAGAGGUGGCCAGGGAGGUCAGAGCCAGAGCUUUGCGUUUGACCAGUGACGAGGAAACCCAAUUGGAGAUGGCCCUGGUGACCCCCCCAGAAUCUGAUGGAAAACAACUGGUGACUUUGGACUUUUCAGCAGUGUAUACUUCUUUAUCUUUCCUUUCUCCAACUUCAAAACAUCAAUAAAAUCAUCAGCAUCAA